GGGCCAGAGAGGCAGGCUGCGAGAGAGAGCCAGCAGAUGUGAGCCGGGCCAGGACGAGAGAACAAGCUGCAGUGAACACGGACGACCAGAGACUCUGCUAACAUGUGGCAACCCGCGUCGGAGCGACUGCAGCACUUUCAGACGAUGCUGAAGACCAAGCUAAAUGUGCUGACGCUGAGGAAGGAGCCAUUGCCCACUGUGAUCUUUCAUGAGCCCGAAGCCAUUGAGCUCUGCUCCACGACGCCGCUUGCAAAGAGCAGGAGCCAUGCUGGAUACAAGGUGACUUACUUGGGCAAGAUGUCGAUCUCUGGGACCCAGUUCUUGUCUGGCUGCACAGAGUCAGCGGUGGUGAGUCUAGUGGACCGCUACGCCCUGGCCAAGCAGCAAGGCACAUGGCCUGGAAGCAACUCUCUGCUGGAGAUCCGGCCCUUCCAGGUACGCCUUCACCACCUGGAUGAGCAUGGCGAGUCCUCCCUAACCAUGGACACGUACCAGGUGGCGCGUAUUGCCUACUGCACCGCGGACCACAGCAUCAGGCCCAACGUAUUCGCCUGGAUCUACCGGGAGAUCAACGACGACCUGUCCUUCCAGAUGGACUGCCAUGUUGUGGAGUGCGAGAACAAGCUGGAGGCCAAGAAGCUGGCGCAUUCCAUGAUGGAGGCUUUCCGCAAGACUUUCCACAGCAUGCGCAGCGAUGGCCGCAUCCACAAGAGUGGGUCAACAGAUGACUUUGCUGAGGACUCGUCCACACCUGACGACUCAACUCCAGACGAUGGUUGAACUGAAAAGCACCAAAACUCCUGAUCCCCAGCCAAGCAAAUGAAGGGGUGACUGGAAGGACAGAUGACCUGCUCUCUUUCAUCUCCCUUAUUGUCUCUUUCUGUUAUCAUUUUGGUAUAAGAUUAACUAAUUUUACAAACCGACAUUCCCAGUAUGAUGAAGUAGCUUAUGAAUAGUGUAAAUGGAAGGUAGAACAGCAUUCGUAAAGGCCUACAUUUAGAUAUUACAAUAGCAAAGUGCUGCCUCUUUCAGUAAAAGCCCCUCAGACGUUUUUCUCGGGGGACUUCAAGGUCCUCGGAUAAAAUCCCUGCAGAGAUUCAGUCAUAAUUUCCAUUUGAACUGUUGUCAAACCUGCACCUAUCAGAGACCGUCUCUGCUAAACUAACCCCAGUUCAUCUAACCUCCCCCCAUAAUCUGCCGCUCUUCUUUAGUGAACUGACCCAGCAGAAACAUAUCUGACCUUUUUCAGGUCUAAACCCAGAGUUUAUGAGACUGUUGAAGCACAUAAAUUCUUGAAAUGUUUAUGUGUAUCCCUGAUACAAUGCCGUCAGCCUUGAUUCUAGCUAUUGAGUGAAUGGGUGGAAGCCCUUCAUGCACUACUCCUCACUGUGGUACCCCCAAGCAUGGAUGACAGAGCCACCGCUUCUGUCUCCAUUUAGUAGGUACUGAAAGAUUGAGAGUAUACGUGCGACACCUGGGAGGAUAUAGGUGCUAAAAAAAGUCACAUUUUAGAAGUUCUCACUGGGCUCGAAGCCUGGGCCUGUCUGUGACACCUUAAUCAUUCAGAUCUGACUUUUGUUUAAAGUAAACCAAAAUCCAGGCUCUAUUUUUGCCUGUUACAUUAUGUGCCUCACAUUCCUCUCAUCCCAGCGCGUAUGCGUGUCCAUGUGUGCUUUUGUGUUUUUCUGUGUGUGUAGCUGCUAUUGCUUACUUCUGUACAACGUGUAGACAGAUAAACGUGAGUUUUAUUGCGAGUGAAAAGAGAAAAGGAGGAGGGAGAUUACAGAGAACAAUGAGAGUUUAGCUGGAGGGGAAGGUUCUAAUUUUCCCCCAGAAGCAUCUGGUACUGUGACCAUUUGCCACAUAUUUUUCUUUCACUUUUUUUUUCUUGAAUGAAGAUAGUAUGAGUCAGAAUGUGCCAGUCUCCGAUGUGGCGGGACCCUAAAUUACUAAAGUGAACAACUCACACCUCCUAGCCUCUGCUGAAUGUAUGAUUUUGAUGUACUGUGAGCUCCUCGCAUCCCCUCCUCCUCGUCACUUCAGUCUCCCACAAUCACCCAUGCCAUAAAACAAAGCUCCAAGGGAGCGACUCAGCCCCAGAGGAGGCGAUCUAGCUUGUUGUCGGUGCCCUGCAUCGCCGCUCCGUGGGACUGAGACACCAUCUUUUCUAACAGGACUGUAAUGAACAGAUUGCCAGCCGUCAGGGGGACGUGCUCUACGGUUGAAAGCAGUGGUCACAUGACUCUGAUCAGCACACACACAGACAAACUCUGAUAUACAAACAUGAAUACAACUAUACAUACUGUAUGUACACAAAUUGUAUUUGAAUUUUGCUCAAUAAGCUUAUGUAAAUACAAAUGUAUUACUUUCCAAAUACUACAGCAUAAAUGUUGAUAACUAUUUUAAAUAAUAAAAAAAAAGUUGAGAACCAUCAUAAGAUACCAAAACAGUGUGAUGAUGCCUAAUGUGAAGAGGUGGAGAGUGUGUGUGUGUGUGUGUGUGUGUGUGUGUGUGUGUGUGUGUGUGUGUGUGUGUGUGUGUGUGUGUGUGUGUGUGUGUGUGUGUGUGUGUGUGUGUGUGUGUGUGGGGUGCAGGGACAUUGCAGAGCGAGGGUAAUGUUUGUCUAAUUGUAGAUGAUUGUGCUGUGUCUGUCUGGCAGCUCAGACAUGCGUUAAAUGUUCUGAACAACAAUGUUACCAUAAGUGUUUUCUAUUUAGUGUUUGCAAAAAUCAAAAUGCAGCUGCAUAUAAAGUAUUUAC